GACGCUAGCUCGAAACGCGAGACCGCGGCGCGCGCAGCAAACGCCUGGACGUACUUGCUCGUGAGCGACGUGCGCCAAGAUACGCCUGCGCUGCGCCGCUGUCGAAUUUCUGCGCGCGCGCGACUUCUGCCGCUGCAGAGACCGAUCCCUCAUCUCACGCUGUGGCCGCGCGCGCGGCGGAGCUGUAAGCUGUCAGUUUCCUUGCGCGCCGCUUGGAGCGCUGCCAGAUAAUCCACACCACAGCACCAUGGCAGACGCCGCGACGCGCGCGCGCCACCUGUGCGACUUCCUCGAGGUCGCGACGCAUACUAUUUUGAAAGAGAGGAACUUGUAUCCUGCCGAGAUCUUUAGCGACCGGCGCUGCUUCGGCGUGCCCGUGUCCAUGGCGAGACACCCGGACGUCGAGGCCUACGUCAAGAAAACGUUAAAAAGUGUAGAGCCGCUCCUCGCGGCUGGAAGUGUCGAGGCGGUGGUGAUUGCCGUCACGGACGGCACGCACGGAGAACCGGUGGAGAAGUUCGUGUUCCGGGUCGACCCGACCGGCCCGCCACCGUCGGACGCCGUCGGCGGGCCCCACGACGUCGCGGACGCCGUCGAGUCUACCGAAUAUUCGUUGAGAGCUUUACUGGCGCGCCUGGCGUUACUGGACACGAAGCUGCCCCCGGUCCGAGAGGACGCGGCCUGGCGGCUGUUGCUGUGGAUGCGCGACGGCUACGACGCGUCCCAGAUCCUCGCGGACCCGGCCGCCGCGCGCUUGGUGGAUGCGACGCGCGACCUUUCGGCUUCGGCUAUUAAGGACGCGUCGCUCGUGCCCGUGAAGACCGUGGCCACGCCGCUCGCGCACUUCGAGCUCUACGUCGAGUGCGAGGGGCCCUAACUGUCUCUUGUUGUUG